AUGCAAACUCUAAAGUGUGUUGUUGUAGGAGAUGGUGCUGUGGGUAAAACGUGUCUUUUGAUAUCUUACACAACGAAUCAGUUCCCAGCAGAUUAUGUACCAACGGUUUUUGAUAACUAUGCUGUUACUGUUAUGAUCGGUGAUGAGCCAUAUACAUUAGGUCUAUUUGAUACUGCAGGUCAAGAAGAUUACGAUAGGCUGAGACCACUUUCUUAUCCAUCAACCGACGUAUUUUUAGUAUGUUUCAGCGUUAUAUCCCCUCCAUCAUUCGAAAACGUUAAGGAGAAAUGGUUCCCAGAAGUGCAUCACCAUUGUCCAGGAGUUCCAUGUUUAAUCGUUGGUACGCAGGUAGAUCUUAGGGACGAUAAAGUAAUUAUUGAAAAAUUACAGAGGCAAAGAUUGCGUCCAAUUUCACAGGCAGAAGGUGAAAGACUUUCAAGAGAAUUGAGAGCUGUUAAGUAUGUUGAAUGUUCUGCCUUGACUCAACGUGGAUUGAAAAACGUUUUUGAUGAGGCCAUUGUGGCCGCAUUGGAACCACCGGUAAUUAAGAAAUCCAAAAAAUGUACUAUUUUGUAG